AUGGCUCGCUUCUUUAUCACCGGAUCCUCCGAUGGCCUCGGCUUGCUAACUGCCAAGCGUCUCAUCGCCCAAGGCCACCAAGUCGUCCUUCACGCACGCAAUGCAGAUCGCGCCCGCGACACCUCGGCCGCUUGCCCCGGCGCCGAAACGGUGCUGGUGGCAGACCUGAGCAGCAUUGACGAGAUAAAAGCCCUCGCCGCCGAAGCGGACAAGCACGGCCUCUAUGACGCAAUCAUCCACAACGCCGGCGUCUACCUUGGGAUGGAUCGCGUGCCGGGCAAGUCGGGACUGCCGACUCUUUUUACCGUCAACACGCUCGCUCCCUACUUGUUGACCUGCCUGAUGGCCAGGCCCAAGCGGCUCGUCUAUGUCUCGUCGGGCAUGCACAGGAGCGGACGGCCGAACUUGGAUGGCAAGGGACAACACCAGAUCCUCCGGUCUAGCUACAGCGAUAGCAAGCUGCACAAUGUCAUGUUUGCCAAGGCCUUUGCCCGUCGCUGGCCGAACAUUGGCUGCUACUCUGUCGAUCCGGGAUGGGUUCCGACAAAAAUGGGUGGUUCCUCCGCUCCAGGGCGGGUCGCGGAUGGGGUUGAUACCUUUGUCAUGCUUGCGUUGGGUCAUGGGGAGGCGGGAUGGAGUCCCGGUGGCUAUUUUGUCGACUCACGCGAGAGUCAGCCGAGUGCGGUGGCAGGGGACGUAAGGCUACAGGACCAAACUUCUGGCCGAGCUGACCCAGAUCAGUGGUGUCCCAGUCCCUGA